GAUUUAAGACGACGUCUACGAUUAAUGAUCGUCGCUCGAAAAGUUCUGGUGUAGUAAACUGUAAACACUAGAAGUAGGCCUAGUUCGUUAUGUAAUGAAAAUUGUGUUUUGUUUACAAAGUGUGGGAAUCCAAAGUGUGUACUAUCCUUCUAGGCCUAGUCCUAAACCGCUGUUUAAACCCUGCCUCACUUAUAAUUUCAGUAUAAAGUAUAGGCCAAAGGAAUUAUCUAGACAUUUUUUAACAUGAUGUCCAAGUCUAAUGUACUGCCCUCAAGGGCCAGUGCAACUGCUGAGGAAACGUAUACCAAGCCAACAUCCGAGAACAAAAGAGAAGAUUGGAGGAAAGCAAAAGAAUUAGAAGAGGCUAGGAAAGCUGGAACCGCUCCAGCUCUUGUGGAUGAAGAAGGAAGAGAUAUCAACCCUCAUAUUCCGCAGUAUAUAUCAACAGUACCUUGGUAUGUUGGUUUAGAUCAUCCGACUUUAAAACAUCAACGUGUUCAGGAGGAAAAGAAGAAGGUCUACAAUGGCAUUGAUCAGUGGUACAAGAAAGGAGUCAAAGAGGGUGCAGUUGCAACAAAGUUCAGAAAAGGAGCGUGUACUAAUUGUGGAGCGAUAACUCACAAAAAGAAGGAUUGCUUAGAGAGGCCAAGGCGGGUUGGUGCCAGGUUCACAAGUAAUAACAUCGCUCCUGACGAGUAUGAACAGCCUAAGUUGUCAUUUGAUUAUGCGAGUAAACGUGACAGAUGGAAUGGAUAUGAUGAACAAGAUUAUGAUGAUGUUCUUGAAGAAUUUGCUAAAAUUGAAGAGGCUAAAAAAGAGUUAAAAGCAGCCCAGCUAGAAGGUGAGAUGAUGUCAGGAAAACCAAUGAGGGAGAAAGAGAAGGGGGAUAGUGACAAUAGUGAGGAUGAGGACAAGUAUGCUGAUGAUUUUGACAUGCCUGGUACUAAUUUUGACAGUAAAAGACGAAUCACUGUGCGGAAUCUCCGUAUUCGAGAAGAUACAGCAAAAUAUCUGUACAAUUUGAACCCAAAUUCAGCAUAUUACGACCCAAAAACAAGAUCGAUGCGUGGGAAUCCGUUUCAAGAUCAAGGAAAGCAUCCGUCAGAUUUAAAGUUUGCAGGGGAGAAUUUUGUUCGUUCAAGUGGAGACACAGGGAAAAUGGCUCAUGCUCAAUUGUUUGCUUGGGAGGCAACAGAUAAAGGAACUGAUAUCCAUCUGCAAGCAGAUCCAACCAAAUUAGAACUCCUUAAUCGUGAGUUUGAGGUGAAAGCAGAAGACUUUAAGAAAGGUCAGAAAAACAGUAUCUUAGACAAGUAUGGAGGGCAAGAACAUUUAGAAGCACCGCCAAGGGAACUGCUCAUGGCUCAAACGGAGGAUUAUGUGGAAUAUUCUAGACAAGGCACAGUGAUUAAAGGUCAGGAGAAAGCAGUAGCAAAAUCUAAAUACGAAGAGGAUGUAUAUAUUAACAACCACACAACGGUGUGGGGUUCAUUCUGGUUCGAAGGCAAGUGGGGCUACGGAUGUUGUCAUUCUUUUGUUAAGAUGUCAUACUGUACUGGUGAAGCAGGCAAAGCUGCCGUGGCAGGUGGGGGCGCCCUUUCCAUGAUGGGUCAAGACAGGCUGGAAAGAAUCGAGGAGGAGAAACCAAAGUCAUUAGUGGAGCAACACAAGGAAAAGAUUCUCAAUGAGAAGAUAGAGAAGAAGAGGAAGAAGAAAAAACGAAAACACAGUAAGCAAGCAAAGGAUAGUGAGGAUGAAAGCAGUGAAGAUGAAGAAGAAAUCAGGAGGAAGAAAUUGAAGAAGGCCUUGAUAGCUGAGGUUCAGAGACAGAAGGAAGCUGAUAGGAUAUUGGCAAUGGAUGAACGAAAGAGGUCAUAUAACAGUAUGAAGUCAAUGGAUCAGUACAAAGAACCAACAGAGGAGGAAAUGGAAGCGUGGCGACUCCUGAAGCAGAGAGAAGCUGACCCAAUGGCACAGUUCCUCUGAAAGCAGCCUUUGGUAUAGUGGCUGUAUGGCAGCGGAUGCAUACACCAGCAGUCUCUGUACGGCAACUGUCGCUGUCCAGCAGUGGUCCAUAUGCGGCAAAAUUUCCUGUGCGGCAGUGGUCUCGUUACAGCAUUGGAUGCUACAAAAAAACUUUUAUUGUUUUGCAGGAUUGCAAAUGAUAAAUGCAAAUGUCUUGAUAUCUUUUCUUGAAUAAUCACUGAUGGUCAUGUGGAUGAAACCUCUUUGACAAGUAUUCAUCUAAAAUGCUUAACUAUUUGUUUCUCAUUUGUACUGGUGAACAUGUUCAUUAGCAAUUUACUGCUCUUCCACAUGGUUCAGUGUUAAUUACUCACAUAUAUGGGCAUGACAGUGUCAUAUCACUCCCAUAUAUGUGCAUGAUGAUGUCAUAUCACCCAUGUAUUGGCAAAUCAUGUGUGUUUGUCUUAUAAAACAUUAUAGUGUGGACAGAUUAGUCUUAUUAUUAUAAGGAUUGAAGAAGGGCUGUUUUUUUAUUGUGGGGGUUUUCUUGGCAGGAUUUGAACCCAAAAUCCUGGUAUUGAAAUACAAGCAUCAUGACAAGUAUUAGCGGAUUCAUAAGGGUGACAGGAAGAGUUUAAGCGUCCCUGUUAAGACUGUCUAAAACAUCUCAAAAUGCCCUGAAGUUUCUGUAAGGUGUGGAUUAGUAGUCCCUGGACCCCACCUGGGAAUCACCCCUGGUCUGCAUCAAAAAUCGUCAGAUCCUCUUUCAGGGCAUUUAACCACCCCUUCCCUUUGGACAAAUCCUGGCACUGUUAAUGAUCAUGACCUUUAAGUAAUGGCUCUAUUACAUAAAAUCCAUCUCUUUGAAGAGCGUUUCUGCUCUUAAAACUUAUUUUAAUCAUAUUUAUCAUUUUUAAAUUUCAAUAUUGUAACAUAGUUAUGAAUAAACAUUUCAAAGAAAUAUGGAUUUAUGUUUUAUGUGUUUAUACAUUUAAAUUUGUCUGAACUUUUUUGUAUGUUCAGAUUUAAAUUGAGCUCUCUGGCGGUGGUAACAACCCUGGACCCCCGAUGCCAGGAUGAGGUCGUCGGCUGAAAAAUAUACA